AAAAAAAGAGAGGAAAUCAAAACCACCAUGAAACCUUGCUCCAAGUCCUUGCACAUUAUUAUCUUCCUACAAUUCUGUUUCUCCUUGUAUCUCAAGGAUUCCCUUUGUGCAGAUAAGAUUCCUUAUGUUCCCAUAGAAAAUAUUGCACUAGAUUGUGGUUCCUCUGGUUUGAAAACUUUGUCCUUCGAUGGCCGGGACUGGACUGGCGAUGUCAGAUCAAAGUUUGUGGCUUUCAACCGGCACACGAACUCUACAGUAUCGACGGCCUCUUCCAUGGACCCUGGAGUCCCUCAAGUUCCUUACGAGACCGCUCGGCUAUUCUACUCUGAAUUCACCUACAUCUUCAAUGUCACACCCGGCCCAAAAUUUGUCCGUCUUCACUUCUAUCCAUAUCCUUAUUCUGGUCUGGAUGCAUCCAAAGCGUUCCUCUCAGUUUCUUGUGGUCACUAUACCCUCCUUACCAACUUCAGUGCUUCUCUAGAAGCCAAUUACAAAAACGAAUAUAUUUUUUUCAAGGAGUUCAUAAUUCACGUGCAAAACGAUUCACUUCAUCUGACGUUUAGUCCUUCUUCGAAUGCUUCUGAUGCGUUUGCCUUUGUCAACGGAAUUGAAGUUGUUUCGAUGCCAUUGAAUCUCUACGUACGAGGCGAGGAUGCUCCUCUUCCUUUUGUUGGGUACCCUGCAUCGCCAAUCAGACUGGACAAUACAUCUGCACUAGAGACAGUUUACAGAAUCAAUGUGGGAGGCGAUGAUGUUUCUCCCCAAUCAGACACGGGGAUGUUUCGCACUUGGAAACCGGACGAUAAAUACAUAUUUGGAGCUGCUGUGGGAAUUUGGGCAUAUGAUUUUGAUCUUAAUGUUAGGUACACACCAACAGUGCCAGCAUACACUGCACCUGUUGACGUAUAUCGCACCGGCCGUAGUAUGGGACCUUCUGCUGAGAUCAAUUUAAAUUAUAAUUUAAGUUGGUAUUUUCCUGUUGAAACUGGUUUUAUCUAUCUUGUCAGGCUCCAUUUCUGUGAGCUUGAGCGGAAUAUGACAAAGAUAAACCAGAGAGUAUUUUCUAUAUACAUCAAUAAUCAAACAGCCGAGGAUAAAGCUGAUGUCAUUGCAUGGAGCGGUGGGCAAGGUAUUCCCCUGUACAAGGACUACAUUGCAAUGUUUCCAGAAGUAAGAGAAAGGAUUCAGGAUCUUUGGCUGGAGCUGCACCCCAACACCGAAUCUAUAUUGAAGUCUCAGUACUAUGACGCGAUUUUAAAUGGGUUGGAGAUAUUCAAAUUAAGUAAUUAUGGUGGAGAUAUCGCUGGACUCAAUCCACCCCAAAAGCAGGGAUCGCUAGUUAAUCCGUCCUCAAGAUCAUCCGGAAGUUCAAAGAAAAGACUACUAAUCAUUUUUGGCUGCUCGGUCAGCGGAGUUGUCUUGGCAUUCCUUAUCCUGUGCGUGCUUGCUUUUUGGAUCACAGCAGCAAGCGAGAGAAAAAAGAAAAGCAAGACAAGACAUGCCCAGUCACUCUGUCGCUAUAUCACUAUGAAGGAGAUCAAAGCAGCAACUAAUAACUUUGAUCAGGCACAUGUUAUCGGUACUGGUGGGUUUGGUUUGGUUUAUAAAGGCUACCUGGACAGUGGGGUGACUGCAGUUGCCAUCAAGCGUGGCAAUCAAGCGUCCAUUGAACAGGGUUUCUGUGAAUUUCUCGCAGAGAUUAAGACGCUUUCUCUCCUUCGUCAUCACAAUGUUGUUUCUUUGAUGGGUUACUGCCAUGAUGAGCAGGAGAUGAUCCUUGUGUACGAGUAUAUGCCCAACGGUACUCUGUUCGAGCAUCUUCAUUUUGUUAAUAAACCACAAAAAUCACCUCUGUCAUGGAUCCAGCGACUCCAGAUAUGCAUUGGAGCUGCGCAAGGUCUAUGCUACCUCCAUACAGGAUUAAAGCUUGAAAUCGUCCAUCGCGAUGUCAAGACCAGUAACAUCCUGUUAGACGAUAACUGGGUAGCCAAGAUUUCAGAUUUUGGCUUGUCCAAAAUAGGCCUUACCAGUGGAAGCACCAAAGUUAAGGGUAGCAUUGGGUAUCUGGACCCAGAAUACUGCCGCUUUCAGAUAUUGUCGAACAAAUCUGAUGUUUACUCUUUCGGAGUAGUGCUGUUGGAGGUGCUUUCCGCAAAGUUUGUGGUGAAUCCUUCUGCAGCUGAAGAAAAUAAUCACAACGAGGAUGAUGAAGAUGCUUUAAGCUUUGUUGAGUGGGCCUUAAAUUGCCACGAAAAGGCAGAAUGGGAUCAACUCAUUGACCCACAUUUGGAAGGAAAAAUUUCACCGGCAUCUCUUGCAAAGUUCAUGGAGAUCACACAAAAGUGCUUGGCAGAACGGGGGCUAGAUCGGCCAUCGAUGAAUGAGGUGCUUUGGAACCUAGAGUUAGCACUAGAACUGCAAAUGCAUGAGCACAGUGAGGAUAGAAACAUAACUCUGGAGUCGGUGGGAAAUUCUGAUCCGACUCCAGGAGUGGAAUUCUCUGAGAUCAUGAACCCAGUUGGAAGGUAAAUAAAUAAAUAAAUAAUGAGUCUAAUCACCAUUUGAAAGCAAAAGCAGUUUGGCAUCCAAAUAUGCAGUAGUUACCAUUUCCAAAAUGUAAUUCUACCAUGUAUGCUGAUUAUAGAUAUGUUCUGUGUAAUACAUUUGAUCUUUUUCCUUUUUAA